GUAUAAUUAUGUAGCAAAACAGAUCUAGAAUUCUCCAAAAGUGAUUCUCUCUGAACAAACUUGCUUUUCAUGAUCUCUAUUCCCAUCUCCCUUUACCUAUAAACUAAGAAAAUGAACAACUUGGAGUCCUACCCUCCCAUUCUCCGCCACCUUAGCCACCCCCGCCAGCACCCUGCAGACGGCGGCGACCCGAUCCAGGAGUCGGAUCCGGAUCCACUACCAGUCAUAGAUCUUGAACGCUUAAGCCAUGACAUGAAUAUGCAGAAGGUCCUUGAAGAGGCUUGCAAGCAUUGGGGGUUGUUCCGUUUGGUUAACCAUGGAGUUCCAUCAACCCUAUUGACCCAACUUCAAGACCAAGCCAAACAACUCUUCUCUCUUUCCUUUGAGUCCAAACAAGCCUCAUGUAAUGGUGCCAACCCUGUGACUUACUUUUGGGGCACCCCUGCCCUUACUUCCUCUGGGGCACCCCUAACAACUGCCCCUCAAAACAUCAAUUGGGUCGAAGGUUUCAACAUGCCUCUGCCUCAACUCUCCCAAUUUCAACCUCAACUUCCUCAGCUUCACUCUUUCAGAGAUUCGGUGGUGGAAUAUGGAGAACAUUUGAGCAGAAUUGGUAGAAAAUUAUUCGAAGCUAUGGUGAAUAACCUUGACCUGAACAUUGAAGCAUCAAGUUCUUACGUAGCAGAAAGCACAGGAAUUAUGCGUAUUUAUCGUUAUCCAAAGUGCUCAAACUCUAACCUUGGUUUGGGCAUGGAGGUGCACACAGAUAGCUCUGUAUUGUCUAUAUUGAGCCAAGAAAAUGAAGUGAGUGGACUUGACCUCCUCAAAGAUCAUCGAUGGCUCACUGUUAAACCCGUUUCCAACACACUCAUCGUCAACCUUGGAGACAUGAUGCAGGCAAUAAGUGAUGACAAAUACAAAAGUGUGACGCACAGAGUGAAGCUAAACAAUGAGAGAGAAAGGAUCUCACUAUGCUAUUUUGUGUUCCCUAAUGAAGACCUCCAGAUUGAGAGUUCCAAGUACAGACCCUUCACUUACAAAGAAUUUAGGGCAAAAGUUCAACAAGACAUCAAAACUGUCGGUCACAAAGUUGGCCUUCCAAGGUUUCAACACACUCCUCAUCCUUUGAAUUAAAACAAUCAACACAUUUUGUUGAAUUCAUUUAUUGUUAUUAAAAUAUUACUUAUAAACAAUUUCUUUCAAAUAUAUUUUACUUUAUUUUCU